AUGAGUCUGGAAAAUGUUCUGAACUACGAAAAUAUUGGCUCACAUGUCAAAGAUUACAUUAAAGCGGAUAAUCUCUUUAGCACACUCAAAGUAGAAGAUAUCGAAUCAAUCAUGAAAUUCGCGAAUUUAACUCCUGAAAACUUCAAUUCUCUUCUUGCGCAAUCUAGUUCUGUAAUUUCAGCAUGUGAAUUGUUUACUUGCACUCGAAAUGCUAAUAUUUCAAUAAACAACUUACAAGAUGCCAUUUCAACACUUAAAUCAGUUCAAAAGUACAUGAAGAUGCGAAUAUUCGGAGGAAUUAUUGGCAUUUUAGAACAAUUACAAAAGGAUCAAUCCAAUACAACAAAUAAAAUCGAAAAACAUCAAGCAGAUUUAAAUCUGAACCAAAAAGAAAAAGAAAACGUUGAGAAAGAAAUGCAAACUCUUCACUCUCAACUCAAAGCGAAAGAAGGAAACAAUUUACCAAGAGAUUUUCUUUCGAAAAUUUCCGAACUUAAAAAUUCCGAAGAUUUCAAACAAAUCUACGAAUUCUUUGAAGAAAUUUCAGAAAAAGGAAAUCAAAAAAUGAUGCUAAAAGCAUGUGAAGCAGAACUUUGGAAAAAACAAUAUGAUGAUAAAAAUGUACUUCAUUAUGCAUCUUCAGAAGGAAAUCUGAGACUUGUUAAAUCUCUCAUUGAAUGUGGCUGUGACAAAGAAUUCAAGAACAAAUAUGGUGGUACAGCUUUAGAUUGGGCAUCAAAAAAGGUAAACUUGAAGUUGUUAAAUAUCUUAUCUCAGUUGGAGCCAAUAAAGAAGCAAAGGAUAAGCAUGGUCGUACUCCACUCAUUUUGGCAUCACAAAAAGGUCAUCUUGAAGUUGUUGAAUAUCUUAUCUCAGUUGGAGCCAAUAAAGAAGCAAAGGAUAAUUUUGAAUCUACUCCACUCAUUUCGGCGUCAGAAAAAGGUUAUCUUGAAGUUGUUGAAUAUCUCAUCUCAGUUGGAGCCAAUAUAG